UGCAAACACAGUUUAGUUUGCAUUCUAAGUUAAUACAAAACAAAGUCAACCAGGGUUGUUAAAGCAUUGCAGAGCAGAAACACUGUGUUAUCUGGGCUCCACAGGUCAGGUCUGCAGAAGACUGUCAUGGAAGUGUCGCUUCCUCUCUGACUAACUCUCACAUGCACACUAUGGCGUCUGUUAUGGAGGACCCAGCCCUAGAGAGACACUUCAAGGGCCACAAAGAUGCUGUCACCUGUGCAGACUUCAAUCCAAACUGCAAACAGCUGGCUUCGGGUUCAGCUGAUAAGAGCCUGAUGAUCUGGAAUCUGGCUCCAAAGGCGAGGGUAUACCGCUACGUUGGCCACCAAGACGUCAUCACCGGGGUGCAGUUCUCCCCCUCCGGUAACCUGGUGGCCACUUCCUCCAAGGACAGAACGGUGCGACUGUGGACCCCUUCCAUGAAAGGAGAGUCAACAGUGUUCAAGUGCCACACGGCCGCCGUGCGCAGCGUCGCCUUCUCCCACGACGGGCAGAGGCUGGUGACGGCGUCCGACGACAAGUCCGUCAAAGUGUGGAGCGUUCACCGCCAGUGCUUCAUCUACUCCCUCAACCAGCACACCAACUGGGUGCGCUGUGCCAGGUUUUCUCCAGACGGGCGGCUGAUAGCGUCCUGUGGAGACGACCGCACCGUCCGGCUGUGGGACACGUCCACCAAACACUGCAUCAACUGUUUCACCGACUAUGGAGGAUCAGCAACGUUUGUCGAUUUCAACUCAAGCGGUACCUGCAUCGCGUCCUCCGGAGCCGACAGCACCCUGAAAAUCUGGGAUCUACGGACCAACAAGCUGAUUCAGCAUUACCAAGUCCACUGUGCAGGAAUCAACAGCUUUUCCUUCCACCCGUCCAACAACUACCUGAUCAGUGGCUCCAGUGACGGCACUGUUAAGAUCCUGGACCUGCUGGAGGGCCGCCUCAUCUACACCCUGCAUGGACACAAGGGCGCUGUUAUCACAGUAGCCUUUUCCAGGGCAGGAGAGCUCUUUGCCUCGGGGGGAGCGGAUGGUCAGGUGCUGAUGUGGAGGACAAACUUUGACACCAAAUCCUACCAGGACGUCCUGCAACAACACGGCCGGAGGUCCACCCCGGACCCCCCACCCCACCUCACUGACAUCCACCCCAGAGGACCCCACCUCCACCUCCCAAAGCCCACAGCCAUUCGGAUCAGUCAGACGGUGGCAGACACUCAGUCCUCUGAUCCUCACGUCGUAGAGUUGGGCCAUUCCGUUCACAGAACCACGCUCUUAAAAAGUCGAGCACACUUGACGCCCACGCAGGCCGCCGCCAACGGUCACCACUCCAACGGCUUGCCGGCGCGUCACACGGCCAGUUCAAGAGUGGGAGGAUGGAUGGGAGAGGAACGUACCAGUAGGGCAGGUGCGCCUGUUUGGAGCCAGACUCGGGACAGUGGGGGAGGAAGAGGAAGGAGAGAGGAAGAGGAGGAGGAAGAGGAGAGAGGGCAGACGCACCCAUUGGAAGUUCUCUCCGGUCAUCCAUCGAGUCUGGACUCUACCCUGAGACACAUCGUUCAGCAGUUGGAUAUUCUCACGCAGACUGUUUCAGUGCUGGAGGAGCGUCUCACCCUGACUGAGGACAAGCUGAAAGAGUGUCUCCUCAACCAAUCCCAGAUUCUCCAGGACGUGAGGUCGUCGGGCGAGAGGCGGAGGACGGAGAGCGAGGACACGGAUGGAUCACCUGUCCAUUUCACCUGACGACCAACACGCCGACUGUAGCACAAACACACAGACUGUUGGACAUGGGUGUGUGUGUGUGUGUGUGUCUAUGUACAUAUGUGUGUCUGCGUGUAAUUCCAAAUGUCCACUUAGGUGGUCUCUCUCAGGGGUCAGUGGGUUUAUCAGGAUUUGUCUGUGUCUGUGUGUGUGUGUGCGUGUGUGUGUCUGUGUGUGUGUGUGCGUGUGUGUGAGAGAGUGAUGUUUUCUCCAUGUCUUUCCUCACCUCUUAAGGAUAUCCAGCUGUACAGCCAAGCACAGUCUGGCUGGGGCAUUCCAUGUGUGUGUGUGUGUACUUGUACAGCUAUCUUUGUGAGGACCAAUGUGCGUUUUAGAACUCCAGAGUGAGGACAUGUUUUGAAAGUGAGGACAUUUAGGACGGUCCUCACUUUGGGACGGACCUGCAUAGAUCAGACUUAAGUUAAGUUAAGUUAAGUCAAAGUUAGGGUUAGGGUAAUGUUUGGGGUCAGGCAUUUAGUUGUGAUGGAUAAGGUAAGGGUCUAGGGAAUGCGUUAUGUCAAUGAGCGUCCUCACAAAGAUAGAAGUACAAGGUUGUGUGUGUGUGUUGUUAUGGAUGUUACGUCCAACCGGGACAGCUGAAGCUAUGAAAACAGAUGGCACUUGUCUGCUGUAUGACU